AUUAUAAAGAAUAAUUGUUUGUUAUUUUCCUAUAUAAGAAUAUAAAAACAGCCAUUGUUGAGGUAAAAAUAAUUUUGAAAUUGAGUGUGGAAGUUAUCUCGUCAAAGCUAAUUUUUUCCUGAACUAUAUAAAGAGAAAAUGAAGUUGGUUAUUGCAUUUAUGGUGUCCAUGAUUGCCGUUGCGUUGGCAACAAGUCCACCCCAUCCUUGCCAAUGUUGGCCUGACUGGACACCUGUCCAAGAUGGAGAUGGCCAUAUAUGUGAAAAAGGCGACAAAAGAUUCCAAUGCAACGUUGAUGUUCCUCCAACUUGUAUUUGCAAGGAAAAUGGCAAAGAUGUCGUUCUGCCUUCUGGUGAAAUAAACUGUGUCCAAAUUGAUCACACAAAAUAUGACAAGAGAGACUGCGAGACAACUCCAGAAUGGGAAGCUUGGUUCAGCAAAUAUCCUAACUAUAGAUUAUACGACUAGGUUAGCUACUUACUAAUAUAUUUACCUAUAGUUU